AUGGCGAUCUCAAAUGGAACAAAUGGAAAGAAAGCUGGGAAACCUUUCCCUCCCGGGGUUCAUGUCCCAAGUUUGACCUGGUUUAGCGAUACUCCUAACCAAGAGAUCGACUGGGAGGUGCAAGAGAAGCAUCUUAGCUUCUUGAUCGAGUCGGGGUUGCAUGGAAUCGUCCUCGCUGGUACCAACGGUGAAGCCGUCACACUCAGUCCCUCGGAAAAGUCUCAGCUCGUGAAAACAACACGAGAACUUUCGAUCCGGCUGGGGCGACCAGAAUUGACAGUCAUCCUCGGCUGUGGAGGAGGAUCAACACGUCAAGUCAUCGAUGAAACUCGACUGGCCAAAGAUUCAGGCGCUGAUUUCGCUCUCGUGCUCGUCCCCAGCUAUUUCCACUUUGCGAUGAACGAAGAUGCCAUUGUAGCAUUUUUUGAAGAGCUUGCAGAUGCCAGCCCGAUCCCAGUCCUAAUCUACAACUUCCCCGGCGUCUCCGCUGGUCUCGAUGUCAAUUCAGAAAUGCUCGAAAAGCUUGGCCAUCACCCCAAUAUCAUCGGCGUGAAGUUGACCUGUGGUGGUAUCGCCAAGGUAGCCCGCAUACGCUCGAGAUUCGAGCCAGAACAGUUCUGUGCCCUGGCCGGUCAGAGCGAUUGGUUAUUACCUGCUAUUUCAAUUGGUGGAACUGGCACGAUCACCGGUCUUGCAAAUAUCUACCCAAGAGCAUGCCUCGAACUCUACGACCUCGCCAUCAGCGGCAGAACCAAAGAAGCAGAGAAAGCCCAAAUUGAACUUGCCGCCGUUGAAUGGGGCUUUGCCAAGGGAGGAAUCAAUGGCACGAAGUGGGUUGUUGCCAAGUAUUUGGGGUAUCCGGAAGCUAGCUGCCACACGAGGAGACCGUAUCCUAGGUACAGUGACGUGAAGAAGCAGGUGUGGAUUAUGGAUAUCAUGAGGCCUUUGGAAGGGAAGGAGAAGAGUUUGGCGAAAGUAUGAACACACAGGAGGACUUCUUUCCUGACAAAUUGAACGAAAUCACGGAGAACAGAGGCUUCUCGGGCUCUGCAGGGAUAUGCUUGCUUUGAAAAGGGAGGGUCGCUUUACUAAAAACGGCCUAGUGGCCCCCUUUACCCCACUAUUUUAGGAUUUUCCCCAGAGUGAUGGAUGGGCUGACGCGAGGUCCCAUAUCCCUUAUAUUGUAGCUCCAUCCA